AUGCGUUCUGCUUGGGAAGGUUACCUGGAACGUGACUGUCAACUAACUCCAGCUGAAAUGGAACGGCUUGGAAAUCAUAAAUAUUCCGCUUCAGAUGUGUCAUGGCUUGACGAUUUGUUUAUGAAAAGGUUUUGGAAUUAUGUUGUAACGUUUUAUCCGUUGUGGCUGGCUCCAAAUUUGAUAACACUCAUUGGAUUAGUCCUCCUGAAUAUUAUCUAUCUCUUGGAAAGUUCAACAUGGUUUUUUACUUUGCAGGCUCCCUGGUGGGCUUAUAUACAAGCAGCUAUAGGGCUUUUUGUUUAUCAGACGUUGGAUGCUACUGACGGUAAGCAGGCACGUCGGCUAUCAUCCAGUUCUCCUUUGGGCGAAUUGUUUGAUCACGGCUGCGACUCAAUGACCCAAGUUUUUGUUACCCUAAAUAUUUGUUACUGCAUGCAGCUUGGCCAACAGAGUUGCACUGUUCUAGCGGUAUGUGUCUUGGCUGUUGUUUUGUUUUAUUGCGCUCACUGGGGCACUUACUGUACUGGCCAGCUGAAGUUUUCAAAGUUUGACGUAACAGAAGCCCAGAUGAUUAUUAUGGCUACUCUUACGAUUACUGCGUUACUUGGUUCUGAAAUAUGGACUCUUACAGUUUUUGGGAUUUACUUGAAGACACUAUUAUUAUUGUUUAGUGCGCUGCUGGGUUUCUGGCAAAUUGGGGGGUAUCUCGGUGUCAUUUUCACUGGCGGUGUUGGCAAAAACGGGUCUACUGUUGCUGAUACUUCGGUUCUUUUCCCUCUUUGUCCGCUACUGGCGGUUGUGGUACCUUUUUGGAUGAUAUAUCAUAAAUCGCAAUCUGGUGUCUAUGAUGACAACAUCACACUUUUUGUUCUUUGCUUUGGUGCUGUUGGAGCAAAAGCUACUAACAGGCUGAUAAUAGCUCAUAUGAGUAGAAGCGAACUAUGUUUGUGGGACUGGAUCUAUUUGUCGCCAAUAUCUAUGAUGCUUAAUCAGUAUUACGACUUUUACAUCAAUGAACUUUACUUAUUGAUCAUUGCUACGAUGUAUGCUUACGGCAACUUGUUGUUAUUUAGUACAAUGGUUUGUCGCCAGUUUUGCGAAUAUUUGAAAAUAUGUUGUUUCACUCUAGGUCCCCGCCAGUAG